CUUGUCAAAGGCAGUUUGAUUUUUAAUGUACUUCUAAGACAACCCUGAUAACUGAAUAGACUAUCCCAAGAACUCACUUCCGGGUUUGAGAGCAUGUGUGCAGCUGAAUUUUCUAUCCUGUGAAUGUAAUCGUGGUUUUUGAGCACACAGAGUCACUCUAGGCGACAAAAAUGGGCUCAGAGUGUCAUCAGUUGAUCCGUGAGUUCUAUGGUCUACAGGAGGAGAGGAUCAAAGUGUACCGCAGGUUUGAGGAGGGUUUUGAGACAUACCUGAACACAUCGCCAAAUUAUGACUUUGCGCCAUACCGUCAACUUGUGCAUGAUGUCACACAGGAGUUCCAGAGAAUCUCCAGCGAUGUCAUCGCAAUCAGGGAUCGACUCAGAGAUGAUUAUAACCAGGUGGAAGUGGUCAAACUACUGGAGAAAAUUCAGGAUGAGGAGAAGAAAAAACUGCAACUG